GCUGGUAUUCAUCUCUCGAAAGUUUUUCUCGUUUGUAUCGUCACUUCCAAUUGAUCGCACCACCAUGUCUGCUUUCUACCCUGGCAUCGCUCCUCCCGCUUCAAAGCUCGCCAAAUACCGCACGCUCUCGCCGCUAUGUGGCCUUCGCGUCUCGCCGAUUCAACUUGGUGCGAUGAGCAUUGGCGAUAAAUGGGCUGCAAAGGGCAUGGGCUCGAUGGACAAAGAGUCUAGCUUCAAACUUCUCGACGCUUACUUCGGUCUUGGUGGAAACUUCAUCGAUACUGCUAAUGCCUAUCAGGAUGAAUCCUCCGAAGAGUUCCUUGGAGAGUGGAUGGAGAGCCGCGGCAACCGUGACCAAAUCGUACUAGCCACCAAGUAUACCUCGAACUUCAAGCGUCACAUAGAGUCUCCGCACAAAAUCACCUUCGUCGGCAAUAAUGUCAAGUCGAUGAACAUCUCGGUCGAAGCAUCUUUGAAGAAGCUUAGAACGUCUUAUAUCGACAUCCUUUACUUGCAUUGGUGGGAUUGGGCCUCUGGCGUUGAAGAGGUUAUGAACGGUCUGCAUAAUUUGGUCGCUGCAGGCAAGGUUUGUUACCUGGGUGUUUCUGAUACACCCGCAUGGAUUGUAUCGCAAGCGAACCAGUAUGCCAGAGACCACGGAAAGACUCCAUUUGUCAUCUAUCAAGGGCAAUGGAACAUUAUGAAGAGGUCUUUUGAAAGGGAGAUCAUACCGAUGGCCAGGACCCUGGGCCUUGCCCUCGCCCCGUGGGAUGUCCUUGGCGCAGGCAAGAUUCGCACGGAUGCUGAAGAAGCUCGCCGUAGAGAGUCGGGCGAGAAGGGACGAAUGAUCUUCGGUCCAGAAUGGGAGAGGACUGCGGACGAAAAGAAGGUCUGCGCUGUCCUCGAAGAAGUGGGUAAGGAGGUUGGCGUUGGCGACAAUGUCCAGGCCGUUGCGAUCGCAUACUUGAUGCAGAAAACGCCUUACGUGUUCCCUAUCCUCGGUGGACGGAAGAUCGAACACCUCGAAGCCAACAUCAAGGCCUUAGAUAUCGCUUUGACCGGGGACCAGAUCAAGCGUCUCGAGGGUGUCCUUCCAUUUGACAUUGGGUUCCCCGGGACUAUGGUGGGUGUUGGUACAAGCGUGAGUGGGUUGUUGCAGGGUCAAGCGUCUUGUCAUCUGGACGUUUGGCCUUUGCCCGCUGUCAUCAAGCCUACGGCGCAGUGAGCCCUUCAGGCUGUCUCGAUGCUGAAAGAGUUUUGUAUGAAGCCGUCCGUCCUUCCAAUGUAGUUGAUAGUAUUAAUUUCGGCCAAGUCAGUGUAGACAGUGUUGAUAUGCGCAUACUAGUGAUUGUUUACGAAUCCUUCGCACUGGCAAUUGCACAUCGAUGUCUGCG